ACAUGACAUUUGGUGCGAACAGCGAGAGAUGACAUUGACAGUCCAAUCAAUAAACUCCCAUUUGGUCGUUGAAGCGAAUGUUAUCUCGUUUAUUGGAAUCGCUUGAAAAGUGGGCGAGGCGACUCCGACGAUAAUUUAAAUUAAACGUAUUAUUUCAGAUGGCGGAAGAGAACAUUUUCCUCUUUUAUCCGAACCUGAUCGGUUAUGUGCGAGUCUUGCUGGCCAUCGUCUCUUUUUACUUCAUGCCGACCAACUACCCUGUCGCGAGCGUCUGCUAUGUCGUGAGCGGUUUCUUGGACGCGUUCGACGGCCACGCUGCUAGGGCGUUCGACCAGAGCACGAAAUUCGGGGCGAUGCUGGACCAACUGACCGACAGAUGCGGGACCGCCGGCCUACUCGUCACCCUCAGCCAUUUCUACCCUGAUUACAUGUUCCUGUUCCAGGUGUCGAUCGCCAUCGACAUCUGGUGCCAUUGGAUUUUCCUCCACUCGUCCCUACUCAAAGGCAAGUCAAGCCAUAAGUUCCACGACUUGAACGACAACCCCAUCAUGGCUUUCUAUUACACAAAACCGGUCCUCUUUUUCAUGUGCAUGGGCAACGAGGCGUUUUACGCUUCCCUCUACUUGUUACACUUUGUCGAAGGACCUCUGUUAUUCGGAAUCGGCCUGUUCAGGAUGGUCGCAUACAUUUCUCUUCCAGUUUGCGUUAUCAAGACCCUCUUUUCUCUUAUUCAUGGCUAUGUUGCUGCAAUAAACAUUGCCAGUGUAGACAGGGUUGAGAGGUUGGCAAUGAAGAAACAAAGCUAAACCAAUGAUUUUUUUAUUAGUGUAAAAAUCAAACUUGUUACCAAAAACCAAAGAAUUAGUUGACCCGGAUGUCUUGCAAUAGUGCAAACAUCCAAUUCCAUGCCCUUUGAGUAUUUUAUACCUUAUUAGAACUAUUUUUAGAGAUUUAAUUGUGUCUAAACACUGUGGAUGUUAAGCACUGAAUGUGCCAAAUUUUACAUUAGUGUCUUAUAAAUAAUCAUUGUCUGCUUUAUAAAUGAGCAUAAUUUAUUGUACUAUGUAAUAUUUAUCUCUUCAUAUUUGUUGUUACCUUAUAAUUUAUAAAUUGAGUAAAUUAAUCCAAUUGAAAAUUGU